AUGCCGAGUUCCGAAUUGAGAGAUUUCAACGUCCAGUUCGGUUCCGUUCUCUCGGACGCUUUCCAAUGGUUCGAUAUUGUGCCAGAGAAACAUCUGGUCUACCAUGACUGCUACGACAAGUUCCAAUGUGCGCGUUUGGAAUUGCUCCUCGACUACAACAGCACCGAUGCGGACGGACCUGUCAUCGCCGUUGCUUUGAUCAGGUUGCCUGCCAAAGUCCCAGUCACAGAUCCUCGGUAUGGCGGUCCGAUCCUGAUUAAUCCCGGUGGGCCUGGAGGUUCCGGCGUGGAGAGGCUCCUCGAAGCAGGGGUUUCCCUCCAGAAUCUUGCGGAUGCCGAAAGGGACCCUGCCCAUUCGCUUCCGGAUGACAAGUACUUCGACAUGAUCGGCUUCGACCCUCGUGGCAUCAACCAUACCACGCCGACCAUCACUUGCUUCCCUGAUAGUAUCUCGCGUCAAGCAUGGAACUUGCAAGUUGAGACAGAAGGCUUGCCUGGUAGUCGCGAGGCCAACAUGCAUAUGCUAUAUCAGCGAGCUCGCACACGGUCGGUAGGAUGUUCCAAUACGCUCAACGCAAUGCCUGGCUUCGAGAAUUUUGGCAACCACAUCAAUACCCCUGCUGUCGUAGCCGAUAUGGUCGAAAUCGUCGAGCGACAUGGUGAGUGGCGAGAGAAGGAAGGUCGAAGGGCCCAAAAGGAACAUGAUCGCUGCCAUGGUCGGGAUGCUGAGGCGUCUAUCUUGCAGCGUACUCGCCACGUCAGGGGCGAGGAGCCCCUGCUGUUUUGGGGAUUCUCCUAUGGGACACUGCUUGGUGCGACCUUUGCUGCGAUGCAGCCACAUCGUGUCUCUAGAAUCAUCCUCGACGGGGUCGUCAACAGCGAUGCAUACUAUUCGGCCGACCGUUUCGACAACUUACACGAUACUGACAAGAUUCUCGAAAGCUUCUUUCACUACUGUUCCAAGGCCGGCCCUGAAAAAUGUAGAUUUUGGCGAGAAGGUGGCGAAGUCGCCAUACGAGACGCUUAUCACCGGGCAAUGGACGAGAUCAUGGAGAACCCACUGCCCGUUCCUGGUAACUUUGAGCGAGGACCUGAGAUCAUCACCUAUAGCAACAUCAAAGAGCUCGUGGGAAGGGCGAUGUACCAACCUUUAGCCUUCUUUCCGACUUUAGCGACUCUACUGGAUGAUGUAGCCAGACGCAACGGUAGUGUCUUUGCCGAGCGAAAGUCGAACGGACGCAGGCCUAGUUACAGGACAAAGGCGUGUGAAGAUGCUGGACCGUAUUCAUCAGACUGCAUAUUGCCUGACUGGGAUGUAGAAGGUCCUUCCUUAGCCAUCCUCUGCAGUGAAGCUCGGAGCAAGUCCAACAUAUCAGAGCCGGACUUCAUCGAAAUCGCGUCGAGAUUGCGAAAUCAAAGCUCAGCGCUUGGCGAAGUAUGGGCUCAGUACCUCCUUGGAUGCACAGGAUGGAACGCCACAGCCAGUUGGGUCCCUUCAGGACCCAUUACCGGAAAUACAUCUCAUCCCAUCCUCUGGAUCGGCAACACGUAUGAUCCCGUCACGCCGCUUCGGAAUGCGAAGAAGAUGGCAGCCAAGUUCCCUGGAUCUGUCGUGCUCCAGCAGGACAACGAGGGGCAUUGCUCGUUCAGUGCACCUUCUGUGUGUACGGCGAGCGCGAUCAGAAGAUAUUUCCAGACGGGGCAUCUUCCUGACGAAGGUCUUGUGUGUGAGACGGAUGAGAAACCUUUCAUUGACGUUUCGAGUUGUCCCGGAUGGAGGCAGGGUGGCAAUGUAAGGUCGGGUUGA